AUGGCUCGAACACGUCGGACGUACAACAUUUUACCCCUUAAAACCAAAUUUGAUCUGAAAUGGGUAAUACAAAAUAUAGCAGUCUGUGACUUGACCAGAGCUAAACCAAAUGCGUCGAAUAAAGCUCAAACACAAAAAUACAUUUUGAAUAACGGAUACGGCAGUUGCUCACGUUUAGACCCCAAACCACAAAGUAUAAUAGUUUGUCACCUAUUUACGUGCUUGCCAGAUUUGUGGAACCUUUCUGCGAAACCUUUCUUCUUGGGGCCAAAAAUAGAAGUGUACACAGAAGUUGAUAAAAAGCCACAUAGUAGCAUAAACAAAAUUAUAAACGAAAGAGGAAGGACCUGCGAAUAUAUUGUGCAAGUGUUUUGCUUUUACAAUACUUGA